UAUGUCCUCCUAGCAAGCCUCUGAUCUCCAAGCUACGGAUGUAUUUCUUGUGCUCUAGGCACAACUUUGGAAUACUGCGCGUAUAUCGUAUAUCUUGCCCUAUUAUUGAAACAUUUCAAACUCGUCUGCAGCGUUAAAGAUGUCGUAUAACCAGGAUUACAGUAAACAAGGAUCAUCAGGCUACAGACACUUGGGUUUUCGUAACCGUGGACGCGGUGGCUUCAAACAGACGUUCCGAAAUAGUGGCGGUCAUGGUAGCUACAGUCCAGAUUACCAGAGGGGAGCUGGGCCACCACGUCGACAGAUGCAUUAUGGUCGUGGUGGAAGAGGGUCUGCUGGGUUCCGUCACGAUAAAGUAUGGGGCAGUGGGUAUCGGGAUAACAGCGGAUUUAGUUCGAACUACCAUCGUGGUUCGUAUAGAGGAAGGGACGUAUCACACACACAAGGAAUCGGCGUUGGAGCUGAAAAAGGGCAGAAAUUGGACAGAGAAACUGAAGAGUACUUUGCAAAAGUGAAUACGCGAUUCAAGUCUGAUUUUGAAGAUGAAGAGGACAGAACGGUGUUCUUGGCCAAUGUAGGAGAGCAAACUGUCAACAAAGAAUUGGAGUUGGCACGCAAUCGAUCAGCCAGCUUUUGCAUACAAAUGCUGCUGAGUCAAACGAAGGAUCCCAGUGUACUCACUCGAUUCAUGACCGUAUUCUCCGAUGACUUGCGAAUGGUCUGCACACACUUCGCCAUCAGCCAUGUUACACAGACCUUGUUGCAGGCUGGUCUGAAAUACUUGCAGUGCCCGUCAUCGUACACAGUAAACGAAGAGGAGGACAUGGCGUCUCAAGAAGAACCUGGCGACAGCGGCGAGGAUGCCACAGAAGACGCAGAGAAUGAAGAGUGUGUUGCACAUGAUGAAACAACAGAUGAUACAUUAGAGGGCACAGAAGAUGAUGAUGGAAAGGAAGGCAAAAUAGCAAUGGAUGCUUUGCUUAACCAUGAUGAGAAGGUAAAAUUUUGGACGCUUCGAGUGGGGCGCUUUUGUCUCAACAAUUUGAAGGAGUUCAUGUUCAAUCCGCUAGCGUGUCAUGUGACUCGAACUGUAAUACAAGUUCUAGGAGGUUGCAUGGUGGAUGAUGAGAUCAUGCGCAACAAGAAGGCUAAGCAGUGUGACUGGGGGGUAGAAACUGCUGAAGCUUGUGAACCGACUGGAGAAACAUAUGAUGUUCCUGAAGAAUUUGUUGUUCUGCUGCAUCAGUUUGUGUCUGCUUUUAUGGAAGAUACUGACCUUGCUAGUGUUAUGAAAAGUAGCAUGGCAUCACCGUUGCUGCAGACACUUUUGGCUAUCUUUCAUUCGAAAGACAAGGAAGCACUGGUAUCUCUCCUGGACUACAUUGGAAAUUUUAUUUUCAGCGGAUCUAGCGGUGAAAGUGGAUUUCCGCCAGCACUUUCUGACACCAGUGCUUCAUACGUCGUGGAGAAAUUGUUCAAGUAUGGGCCACCAGAGUAUAUAUCCAAAGUGUGGAAGGAGCACCUGCAGGGCCAUCUCCUCAAAAUGGCCAUCCACCCAGUAGCCAACUUUUGUGCUCAGCGUUUGCUCGAGUCUGUGAGCACACUCGAUGAGUUCCACAACAUGUAUGAAGAGCUGGCUCCAGGAUUUGAUAGCUUGAUGAUGUGCCGCAACACUACUGUGUUGGUGUGCAUAGCAGAAGCAUGCAAGAGACUGUCUACUUACCAGUCCAAAUUCAUCACGAAGUUGCAGGAAACUCUGAAUUGUGCCAGUCCUGAAGAGCGAAAACAUCUUCUAGUUCCACUCACCCUAUACAUGAUGACAUAUGGAGACUUUGAACGAGCAGGGGCACAUAUUGGAAUUGUACACCAAGGAGCAUUGAUCAUACAGCAUACCUUGCAUUUCCAAAAGCCAACAAAGGUGGUCAAUAGUUUGUUAGCUAUGACAGCAGAGGAGCUGACUGCAUUAGCAUGCUGUCCAAAGGGAUCUCAUGUGAUUGAUGCUUUCAUUAUGAGCCCAUCUGUGACUGUGCAACAGCGAGGCCAGUUCGUAAGCAAAAUGAAGGGGCAUUUCUAUGAUGUGGCAACAGAUAAGUAUGGGAGCCUGGUGAUAGACAACUUCUGGAAGAUGGCAACAUUAGCGCAGAAGGUUGAAGUAGCUGAAGAACUGUCGCAAAAAGAACAUCUGUUGACUGCAUCCGUGUAUGGUAGCUUUGUUGCAAGGAAAUGUGCUGUGUACCAUUUCAAACAUCGUCGCAAUGAAUGGACACAGGUACAAACUGCGAAAGAAAAGACUGCAGAACUCUUUCAAGAUAUCCUUGAAUGAUGAGGGAUGGUCCAUUCUGCUCUGUGUCACGUGGUUUGAUGGGCCCGGGACCCCCGAUGACACUGGGGAGCUGCUGUGUGUAUCACCCGACGAAUGAACAGACCAAGUCACUUACUCGUUUUCGAAAACCUGCAUUCAUAAACGGACAAUUCAAUAAAUAGUUGGAACAUCA